AUGGGGACCACACCUCGAUCUGUAGAUUUCUCUAAGUCAAAGGAAGUUGAGAACCGAUACCGAAGAGUCUGGACGCAUUUGAAGGAGAUGGUCGACGAGAUCAGCACAUCCGAGGUGUCUUACUUUACGAAAUUGUCCCCGGAAGAUCAAAGACGGUGUCUUCAAAGUCUUUAUGACAGAAUUUACGAAUCCUUCCGGAACCGAAAUCCUGAUCGAGUUGCCGGCACUUGUGAAUGGUUUCUGCAACAUGCUGGAUAUCGGGAUUGGAGAACGGAAGCCCGUUCCAGCUUGCUCUGGGUAUCUGCGGACCCGGGAUGCGGGAAAUCUGUCCUGGCCAAGUUCUUGGUGGAGCAUCUUCGCCAGCCUAAGUCCGAAGACGGACGGCCUGAAUUGGUCUGUCACUUCUUCAAGGAUGAUAAUAAUGGACAGCGGAAGGCAGUCUUUGCCCUGCGCGCCCUACUCCACCAGGUCUUUACUCCACCAGGUCUUCACAGAUGA